CGCUGCCGUCAUUCUGGGGCGGGGCCACGCCUAGGUGACGUGUCAGCCUCUGGGCCGUGGUCCCGUUUCUCUGACUCCGUCCCGGGGGAAGAAGCAGUAUCAGUCUAAGCGGCGGCAGCGGCGGCAGCAGGCAGUGGCGCAAAGAUUUCUCUUCCCAUUCUCCCUUUGGCAUGUCCAGAACAAAAGCCUUGAACUUGGAGCAAGAGCCCCAGUGUUCACAGGGGCCAUCUGUGUGACCCGGUCCGAGGUUAUGCGUCUAAAUGAACACGAGGAAACGCUACGGGUCUAAGAACACGGAUCAGGGAGUCUACCUGGGUCUCUCAAAGACGCAGGUGUUGCCCCCUGCAGCGGCUGGCGGCGGCCCCAGCGGCAGCAUCCCCACCACCACCGCCUCCCCUUCACCGGCUCCCCCUCCCGACACCAUGUCCUGUAGAGACCGAACUCAGGAGUUCCUGUCUGCCUGCAAGUCCCUGCAGAGCCGCCAGAAUGGACUCCAGGCAGACAAAACCGCGGCCCUGAGUGCUGUCCGGCAGCGCAGUGAGUUCACCCUCAUGGCCAAGCGUAUCGGGAAGGACCUGAGCAACACAUUCGCCAAGUUGGAGAAGCUGACGAUCUUGGCCAAGAGGAAGUCUCUGUUUGAUGAUAAGGCUGUGGAGAUUGAGGAGUUGACUUACAUCAUCAAACAGGACAUCAACAGCCUCAACAAGCAGAUCGCACAGCUGCAGGAUGUUGUCAGGGCCAAGGGGAGCCAGAGCGGGCGGCACCUGCAGACUCACUCCAACACCAUCGUGGUCUCCCUGCAGUCUAAGCUGGCUUCCAUGUCCAAUGACUUCAAAUCUGUUUUAGAAGUGAGGACAGAGAACCUGAAGCAGCAGAGGAACCGCCGGGAACAGUUUUCCCGUCCGUCUGUGGCGGCUCUGCCCCUUGCCCCCAACCACCUGGGAGGUGGGGCUGCAUUGUUGGGAGCUGAGCCGAGGGCUGCAGGCGACGUGGCCAUCGACAUGAUGGACUCCCGGACCAGCCAGCAGCUACAGCUCAUUGAUGAGCGGGAUUCCUACAUCCAGAGCAGGGCAGACACCAUGCAGAACAUUGAGUCUACCAUCGUGGAACUGGGCUCCAUCUUCCAGCAGCUGGCACACAUGGUCAAGGAACAGGAGGAAACCAUCCAGCGGAUUGACGAGAACGUGCUGGGAGCACAGCUGGACGUCGACGCCGCCCAUUCGGAGAUCCUUAAAUAUUUCCAGUCAGUCACUUCCAAUCGCUGGCUCAUGGUCAAAAUCUUCCUCAUCCUCAUUGUUUUCUUCAUCAUCUUUGUGGUCUUCCUUGCCUGAGCAUUCCCUGUGUCGAGGCAGCCCAGAUGGGAAUCAUUCCUUUCAGCGGCCCCUGCAGCUGAACCUGUCUGGGGUGGUGGGAGAAGGGCAGGAGGCCAUCCCUGUUUUGCUGGGACUGAUAGAGACGGCCCUGUGCCCUGUGACCCCUCCCCACCUCUGCCCUUCCUCUCCUUGGCCCAAACUCACUGGGUUUGGACUGCUGUGAAUGGGUGGGAGGGGAGGAAGGGCAGUGCCUGCAUAGCAGUGGAAGUUUUGUAUAGACCCGCCCAGGCCUCUCCCAAAGGCCGCUCCAUCACUGAUGUGCACAAGAGGAAAGGAGGGGUUGCUUUUUCCUCUGGGUUGGACCUUCUGCCCUUCUUCCCCCAGUCUUCACUGUGUCUGGGGCGGAGGGCCCCAGAACCCCCAACAUUGGCUCCUAAUGACUGUGUCAAUUUGCCAAAGGCACUGUCAUCCCCGUUUUGUGGAAUUACAGCAAGAUGGUCAGCCCUUU